CUACUUUCACUUUACCUUGACCUACUUUUGGUAGAGACUUGGAUAACUGACUAAAAUGAAUGCAAAGCUCACCACUGCCAUAGAGGUUUACAAGCGACUGGUUUCCCACCCAGAGCCGGUGGUAGCCUGGUUCUCUUACAAUGGCAUACAGAGCCAGAUUGUGGUUAACUCGGUCUGGAACCAGAGUGACCUUGACAGAUUGGAGAAGGUCAAGUUCACAAAAAGUUACCUCGUCAAUGAAAGCAGUCCUGCCAAGUUUGAAGUAAUUCACAGGAAGAUUUCUACAACAGAUAGUAAUAUUAUGUAUAAUGAAGAAGCCCCCUCAGGGAAAUUUAAUGCCAUAGUCCGCAAAUUCACGCCAAAAAAAGGAGGAGAGGAAAAACAAUUCAUUGAGAUUUGGAAUCACUGCAAAAAGAUAAAACAGUUUGACAUUCUAGGCAAAGAGAAACAUGGGAAGAUUUGCACCAAGGAUGGACAGUUUGGGUGUCUACACUGGUCUCAAGAUGAAACAAAGCUAUUGUAUGUAUCAGAGAGAAAGACUCCCAAGACCGUGUCUUUCUUUGAUUCCAAGAAAGGAGAGGGAGAUAAAUCUGAAGAGGAACUUCCUGUCAGGGGUCGUGAACAUGAUUUUAAACAGGACUGGGGGGAACAGCUGGUAGGAAAACACAAGCUGGCAUUAAAUGUCCUGGACCUAGACAGUGGAGAUAUAAAUACACUGGACACCCUUCCUGAUGAUCUCACUGUUGGACAGGCCAUUUGGACUCCAGAUGAUGGGAUUGUAUUUGUGGGAUGGAAGCAUGACCCAUACAGACUGGGACUGACCUAUUGUCCAAUCAGACAGUCAGCAAUAUAUCUUUGGGAUUCCAAAAAAUCAUCCAUAAAGCAGUUGAGUGAAGAGGGCAGGGCUAGCUGGUUACCAAGGUUAAGUCUGGACGGGUCUAAGUUGAUUUACCUUGACAAUGAUGUAGGAGGGCCACACUACCAGUGUUCUAGGCUGAUGAUGUAUGAUAUGAAGUCAGGAAAACUAGCUGUACUGGUGGAUGUUGUUAAAGAUCCUAAAGGGGAGGAAUUUCCUGGUAUUUACAGUAUGUCAUUACCUCAGCGGUGUUGGGCCCCUGAUGGAAAACGCGUCAUCUUUAACAGUGUAUGGAGAAGUGAAGUGGGAAUCCUGGUGGUAGACACAGAGACAAGGAAAGUGACCCCCAUUCUCUCUAAAUCUCAUGGCUGCCUGAAGGUCACUGAUAUAUUCCAAGACAGGAUGCUAGUAAUGCAGUCCAGUAUAAACCAGUUACCAUACUUUAGUAUAUGCAGACUUCCAGAAAGUGGUCAGGAAUCCUCAGCUGUGUUCCAUCCUCUGGAUGACCCAGAGCCAACUUUAGACAUCAACUUUGAAAUUCUAAAAUUCCAACCAACACAUCGACCCCAUCCUAAGUUUGGUACACAUGAAUAUGAGGCAAUUCUAGUCACACCAAAAACCAACAAAGAAAAACACCCAUUGAUUGUAUUUCCACAUGGGGGACCUCACUCAGUCUUCACAACAGAUUUCCUCCUUCUGCCUGCAGUCUUUACACUUUGUGGAUUCGCAAUGGUUAAAAUUAACUACAGAGGUUCUAUCGGCUAUGGAGAUGACAGUCUGCGGUCUUUACCUAGCAAUGUGGGAGACAUGGAUGUCAAAGAUUGUCAGGAUGUUGCUGAGAGUGUUGUCAAAUUAGAUCAAAUAGACAAGAACAAGGUGGCUGUGUUUGGUGGAUCUCAUGGAGGAUUUCUAACAACACAUUUGAUUGGUCAAUAUCCAAGUUUUUACAAGGCAGCAUGUUGUAGGAAUCCGGUGACAGACAUAGCAGGCAUGUUGGCCACAACAGAUAUUCCAGAUUGGUGCUAUACAGAGAGUGGAUAUGAAUUCAAACAUGAUGCUUUACCAACAGGAGAGAGACUCACUGAAAUGUGGAACAAGUCGCCAUUACAAUAUGUUGAUAAGGUAGAGGCUCCACUAUUAAUUAUGCUGGGGUUGGAUGAUGCCAGAGUCCCUCCUAAGCAGGGUGAGCAGUACUAUAAGCAACUGAGAGCCAGGAACAAAAAGGCCAGGUUGAUUGGCUACAAAGACAACUGUCAUCCUAUUGAUACAGUAGAGGCUGCAGCAGAUUCCUGUAUGAAUAUCCUGGAUUGGUUCUGGCAACACUUGGAUUAAGUCGGAAGCUGGCAACUUAAUUAAGUGUGAUACCAGCAGAUAUUUCAAAUACUUUGUUCAC